UUCUCUAGACUCUCGCUCUCUUUCUCUCUCUCGGUUUGCCUUUUGAUCUCUUCUUCAUUUUCAGAGCCUACCGGCAACCUGACAGGGCAUUUUCUUGUCCUUCUCCAGAGCUUUCGUCUGCUCUAUAUAUUACUAUUGGAUUCCCUAAGCUUCACCAACUGUGGAACGCUCUGAAACGUCUCGUCGCACGAAGGAGAUCACGGAUUGGACGAUCUCAGAAUGGGUGGAGGGAGGAAAGCAAAGGCUUCAAGGCAGAAGGAAAAACCUCUUCCCUCCUGGACAGUGAAUUGCAGUGUAACUGCUAGAAAUCUAGGGAAGAGUGAUUUAGGAGGAGUCAUCUUUGGAUGCAAGCACAAUACAAUCGACGAAUGUCAUUCCAAGCAGUUGUUUGGUUUACCAGCUGCGCAUUUCUCCUAUGUGAGGAACAUCAAUCCUGGCUUGACACUAUUCCUGUUCAACUAUAGUGAUAGAAAGCUUCAUGGUAUCUUUGAGGCUGCAAGCCCAGGACAGAUGAAUAUAAAUCCAUAUGGAUGGACUCCUGAUGGUUCACAGUUGACGCCGUAUCCUGCACAGGUUCGGAUCCAAAUUCGGAUGCAGUGCCAGCCCUUGCUUGAAGAACAAUUUAAGCCAAUAAUAUCUAAAAACUACUACGAGCAUAGGCUUUUUUGGUUUGAACUAGACCGUGCUCAGACCAGCAAGUUGGUAUCCCUAUUUUCAUCUUCUCCUUCCCUGUCACAGAAAACAGUGAAAUGGAACACUACACUCAAAGGUUUACCAACUGGUACCACUCUUGGUACAAGUCAUGAUGAAGAGGUGGAUUGUAAUCGUUUAGGUGCGUCAAAUGUUGAAUGGGGCUCAUCUUGGAAUGAACAUGGUUUAGGUGGAGAAAACCAGUUUCCAGAUGGCACAACUGAAGAGGAAGCAGCAGAAAAACAUUCGCAGGAUGUUAUUCAUUCAAAGCCAAAUUAUUGGCCUUCUCACUCUUCUCUUGAGAGAAACAUAAGCACUUCCCUCCCAGAGAAAAAAUGGAGUUCUUUAUUCAAAAUGUCACUUACUUCUGAGACAAUUAAGGGAGAUGAAGAAAAACCAGUUCCAGAAAUGUAUUUUACUCAUCCAGAUCAGUUGGAUAUGGAAUGGGAGCCUUCAGGUGUUGCUGAUCAUUUGGGUGAAGAGGGGCUGUUUUGGGGAGCUCCCACAAAUGAGGAGGUGGAAAAAUGCGAUAAUGCAAGAAAGGAAGGUGAAUAUUUUGAGAAGGGACCAGUUUCAGAGGUGAAUCUUCCUUGUUUAGAUGUUUACAAUAAUGAGGAAGGUAAAUAUUUUGAGACAGGAGCAGUUUCAGAGACGAAUCUUCCCUCUUUACAUGUGUACAAUAAUGAGGAAGGGGAAUAUUUUGAGAUGGGACCAGUUUCAGAGAUGAAUCUUCCUCAUUUAGAUGUCUACAAUAAUGAGUUGGGAUCAUCAUCUGUUGUUUGUUUGGCUGAAGAAAGCCAGCCUAUUGAAAAUGUUACAGUUGAGGAUGGAAUGGAAAUUCCUGAAGUAGACCUGAAACCAAAUUGUGAAUCUUCCUACUCUUCUACAGUUUCAGAAAUGAAGUCAUCUGAUCUUCAGUCUGCUGUAGCUAAGUUAAUGCAAGAGAUGGAACGGAUGAAGGUUUCUCAAUUAAUUCAAAAAGUCAGUUCUCUGGAGCAGGAGCUGGCUGAAUCAAAAAGAGAGAUUCAAAAAUUAGAAAACCGAUGCAAGAGGUUGGAAUCAGGGUCAGUUUCUUCAAUUGGUGUUGUCGAGGCACUAGAACCCGAGUUGCUUAAUGAACCUCAAUCAAGCCUUGAUGAUUCAAUACUUAUAGUGGGAGGAUUUGAUGGUUUCUCGUGGUUAUCUGACUUAGAUUCCUAUUCACCUGCUUUGGACUUGAUGAAAUCUCUUAGACCAAUGACCUUUGUUCGAUCAUAUGCCUCAGUAGCAAAGUUGGAUGGUGAACUUUAUAUUUUUGGUGGUGUGGAUGGUAAUUCAUGGUACAACAUAGUUGAAUCAUAUAAUCCAAUGACUGAUCAAUGGGUUAGUCGUCCUUCGCUAACUCAAAGAAAAGGAAGCUUAGCAGGAGUUUCUUUAAAUGACAAGAUCUUUGCAAUUGGUGGUGGAAAUGGAGUGGAAUGUUUUUCAGAGGUUGAAGUCUUGGAUCCAGAAACUGGAAGGUGGAUCUCCGCUCCGUCCAUGCAACAAAAGAGGUUUGGUCUUGCUGCAACUGAAUUGAAUGGCAUGCUCUAUGCUGUUGGUGGAUAUGAUGGAGAAGAUUACUUGAAAUCGGUUGAAAGAUUUGAUCCUCGUGAACGUUCGUGGACUAGACUAGAGAAUAUGAGCACGAGAAGAGGGUGUCAUUCCUUGGCUGCGCUGAAUGAAAAAUUGUAUGCUUUGGGUGGCUAUGAUGGAACUAAUAUGGUUCCAACUGUAGAGGUUUUUGAUCCUCGCAUUGGCUCAUGGAUGACCGGUGAAUCAAUGAAUGAUCCUAGGGGAUAUUCUGGAGCUGUCGUCCUUGGAGAAUCAAUAUACGUGAUUGGGGGACUGAAAGACAAUGAGGAGAUUUUGGACACAGUGGAAUGUUACAAGGAGGGUCAUGGUUGGCUGGUUACAAGCCUGAAAGCUGUUGGGAAACGAUGCUUCUUCUCCGCCACUGUUUUAUGAUGAGGUCAAGGAGAGCAGGGUGCAUCCUUAAUGUUUAUGUUAAUGCCUUCAUGCUCAUAUUUAUGCUAUCAGGGUUUCUGUUAAUGUUAGUUGAAUCUCCCACGAAUUCAGGUAUUAUAGAACACUUCUAUAAGAAAUACAGCCAACUUUGUAGUGGAUAAUUUAGAAUGGUUAAGAUUAAGAUAUACGGAUCAAUUCCAUUGCAUUUAGUGAAGUUGCAUGCUAUUUUAUAUUUUGCCCCGAUGCAUAAUCACCACAUGAUCAUCUUGUAUAUGUGGUGGGCAUUGACCUUAAUUCAAAGGGAACAAAGGUUUAUUUUCA